GUAGCAGAAUUGAAUGUCUUACAAGACAGCGAUGGCUUUUUCUCUAGAAUUUGAAUAUGGAAGCCACAGGGACAGAUGAAGUAGAAAAGAUAAAAUCAAAGUUUAUGUCUGCAUGGCACAACAUGAAAUACAGUUGGGUGUUAAAAACAAAAACUUACUUCAGUAGAAACUCUCCAGUCUUUCUGCUGGGAAAAUGUUACCACUUCAAAACUGAUGAAUCUGGUGAACUCUCUACAGAUGGGUCCAAUUUUGAUAAAAUCAACACAGAGAUUUCAGGAAAUGUUGAGGAGUUUCGUAAAGAUUUUAUUUCUAGAAUAUGGCUGACUUACAGAGAGGAGUUUCCUCAGAUAAAGGGGUCUGCAUUAACAACAGACUGUGGUUGGGGUUGUACACUGAGAACUGGUCAAAUGCUGCUGGCUCAAGGUCUUGUGCUUCAUUUUCUCGGUAGAGCCUGGGUCUGGCCAGAUGCGUUGGACAUUGACAAUUUGGAUUCUGAAUCCUGGACAGCCCAUACAGUGAAAAAGCUGACAGCAUCGUUCGAAGCAUCCCUUACAGCAGAAAGAGAACCCAAGAUCCUGUCAAAUCAUCAUCAGGGAACAUUAAAGAGAAACUGUGAUGACAGUGAAAUGAGAAAUGAAGUUUAUCAUAGAAAAAUCAUUUCUUGGUUUGGUGACUCUCCUCUGGCAGCUUUUGGCUUACAUCAACUAAUAGAAUAUGGAAAGAAGUCUGGAAAAAUUGCUGGAGAUUGGUAUGGGCCCGCAGUCGUUGCACAUAUUUUAAGAAAAGCUGUUGAAGAAGCAAGAGACCCUGAGCUACAAGGAGUAACAGUCUAUGUUGCUCAGGAUUGUACAGUCUACAGUUCUGAUGUUAUUGACAGACAGUGUUCUUUUAUGGAUUCUGGAAAAGCAGACACAAAAGCUGUAAUUAUAUUAGUCCCUGUGAGACUCGGUGGAGAGAGAACAAACAUGGACUACUUAGAGUUUGUAAAGGGAAUUUUAAGCCUUGAGUAUUGUGUUGGUAUUAUUGGUGGCAAACCCAAGCAGUCAUAUUACUUUGCUGGAUUUCAAGAUGACAGUUUGAUUUACAUGGAUCCUCAUUACUGCCAAUCUUUUGUAGAUGUCAGCAUAAAGGAUUUCCCUCUUGAGUCAUUCCACUGUCCUUCUCCCAAAAAGAUGUCAUUCAAAAAAAUGGAUCCGAGCUGCACAAUAGGAUUUUACUGUAGAAGUGUGCAGGACUUUGAGAAGGCUUCUGAAGAAAUCACGAAG